AUGGUACCACCAAAAUCUACGGAUGAAAAACAGUUAAAAACAGGACUCGGAAAGGGAAAGUUUCACAGCGAUAAUAUUAUUGUUGAUUCGUCCACUAGUUCAGAUGAUGAUGAUGCGGAAAAUAAUGAUGGCAAUUUAGUUCACUCUGAGAGCGAUGAGCAGCAACUCGGUUAUUCUUUAUUACCUCAAGAUUUUGAUGCCAUAAACAUGAAUGAAACAGUAACAGAUGAUCCAGAUGAAGAAUUCUUAAGAUUUGCUACCGAUCGUGUGAGAAGCGCAGAAGAAAAUCAGGCAUGUAAUUGA